GUUGUAAAAAACUCCCAGGCUGCGGGAGUUAGCUUGCAAGCCUUAAAAUUGGAAUUUAGACUGUAACCCCACGGAAGCAUUUACUGGAGCUUUAUAAAGACACGAAGACGACGGCAACGCAAUUUUGUAUCUCCUAUAGAAAGUAACGCCUGAAGCUGGACACGAGUAACGCCUACUGGAGCGGACCCUGGCUAUUGAAAGAAAACAAAACUGCUGUAAAUUUCCAUGAUCUUAAACCCCGUUUCAGGAAGGAUAUUUGUUUUGGCAUGGAGCACUAAAGAGCUUUUUUUAUUUUUUUCUGCGACGCUCUGAAAAAGCAACUCUGUUGUGACGGUAGAAGAGAGGAAGAAAAAAAAAAAAAUCUCCUCUCCUUUGAAGCAGCUAUGCAGCUUGAAAUUCAAGUAGCACUCAACUUUAUUAUUUCCUAUUUGUACAACAAACUCCCUCGGCGUCGUGUGAAUAUCUUCGGCGAGGAACUCGAGAGGCAGCUGAAGAAGAAAUAUGAAGGCCACUGGUAUCCGGAUAAGCCAUACAAAGGUUCAGGGUUCAGGUGCAUCCACGUAGGGGAGAAGGUGGACCCCGUGGUGGAGCAGGCAGCCAAAGAGAGCGGGCUGGACAUUGAAGAUGUCCGGAAUAAUCUCCCUCAGGACCUUAGUGUGUGGAUUGACCCGUUUGAGGUGUCCUACCAGAUUGGGGAGAAGGGACCGCUCAAGGUGCUUUACGUGGACGAUAACAAUGAGAACGCGUCGGAGCUGGACAAGGAGAUCAAGAACAGCUUUAACCCCGAGGCCCAGGUCUUCAUGCCGAUCAGUGACCCCGUCGGGGCCUCGUCAGAGUCCAGCUCCCCGUCGCCUCCUUCCGGGCAGUCGGCUGCCGUGAGCCCCUCGUUCAUGCCCCGCUCCACGCAGCCCCUAACCUUCACCACCGCCACCUUCGCUGCCACCAAAUUCGGCUCCACAAAGAUGAAGAGCAGUGGCCGCAACAACACCAACAACAACCCCGCAACCACCACCAACAACAACGGCGGCGGCAGUAGCAGUAAGGUGGCCCGCACCUCCCCCAUCAGUAACCUGGGACUGAAUGUCAACACCCUCCUGAAGCAGAAAGCCAUCUCCACCUCCAUGCACUCGCUGUACGGGCAGCAGAAGGCCUCCGCGCUCUCCCCCAACGCCAAGGAGUUUGUGUUCCCCAGCCUCCAGGAUCCGGCCAGCCCGGGCGCCGUGUUCCCCGGAGAGGGCUCCCUGCAGUACAACAAUGCCUUUGACAUGUUCGCGGCCUACGGAAGCCUCAACGACAAGUCCCUCAUGGACGGCCUCAACUUCAGUCUGAGCAACAUGCAGUAUUCUAACCAGCAAUUCCAGCCGGUCAUGGCGAACUAAACUCGUCACAACGACGUUAUUUAUGAAUGAUGGUGGCUCAAAGAGAAGGAAAAACAAAACGCACACUUUGGAGGGAAAGACAGAAACCUGGACUCAAGGAUCUAGUGUGUAGUCAGUCAAGCGCAUGUGCCCAAGGGAGUUUUACUGUACCCCUUGAGAUUGUUUCUACUAAAAGCUUGUACAAACACAUCCAAGCUUGGUUACUUCAAUUCAACAUGCAUCGUUGUUUUUCUUUCCUUUUUGCCAACCAAGCACAAAUUUUUUUACCAUGUUGAGAAAAUGCUCAAAGUUUCAACGAAAAAAUAUAAAAAUACAAGCUUCAAGUUUUGGCCUCUUACAGUAUUUUACAGGUGGUAAGACGAGGCUAAUUUUUAUGAAUUGGCACUACUAAGUGGGGUUACUUGGUCUUUUUCUAAUUGUAUAAUUUAAUUUAGUACAGAGUUUGUAAGAUAUCAGAGUAUAUAUUGUUUCUAUGACAUGGUGUUGCAUUUAUAUCUUUUUACUACUCAGUGAUCUGUGAUGGCUGCAGCAGCUUUUUCCUUUUUCUUUAAAAAAAAAAGAUAAUUGUUAAAGAAAAAAGUACAUGAAAUAUUCUCAAGAUUAUGUACAGAGUAUUCCUUUAGUGGUGGGAUUCAAAUGUAGGAAUAGUUGCUUUUUUCUGAAAGAUGAAUUGUAUUUUCUGUUAAGAGGUUAAAGAAUUUUGCUAUACAAUGGACAAAAUGUAAUCGUAUGAAUAUUAAUUUUGUACCUACCUUGUGCAAUACUUGAUAAAAAAGAAGAAAAUACGGUAUAACAAAGUAUUUUGAGUCAGUGUCUUACCAUGUCAAGAGGGACUGAAAUAGUUUAUAUUAAGUUUGUAUUAAAUGCUUAAAAAUGAUAUGCUCGUCUUUAUUUUUUUUAAUUUCAUAUUUGCACCCUGGUCUCUUUAAUAAAAUAAACUCCAGUUGAACAUGA